AUGAAGCAAACUACCAUCGUCGUUGCUGGCCUGCACAUCCAAACCUACACUACGGAUGAUUUUGGCUCCUCUGCUAAACCCGUGGUGGCACUAUUUCUGCUUCAUGGCCGCAUGGGAUCGUCGCAAGACGGCCACAUCCAAGCUUUGGCCUCUGGCCUGCUCGCCGCCUCAAGGAGCACUCACAACAAGGACAUCCUGGUCAUUACCUUCGACCAACGCAACCACGGAACACGGCUCGUCGACAAAGUUUACAACUUGGACUUUGAAACCAACCCAAAUCAUGCCAUUGACAUGUUUGCUAUCCAACAGAUAGUUGGGACGGCAAAAGACGUAUCGUUUCUCAUCGAUUUCCUCCCCGCGUACAUCUUUCCCCACGGAGAGCGUACCGUCGAUAAAUGGGGUGUGGCCGGCAUCAGUCUCGGAGGCCAUUCUGCUUGGCUAUCUGGCGCAUUCGACCCACGAAUCCAAAUCGUCAUCCCAAUGAUUGGCUGUCCCGACUACUUCGCCCUCAUCCACCCCCGGGCAGCAUCCAAGGGCAUUGCGGCUGCGCCGCCUCACUUCCCAGCCACGUUUGUCAAAGUUGUUCGAGACAACUCACCAAAGGUGGCCCAAUUCGAAGGCAAGAGAGUGCUAGUGCUGUCCGGCGAAAUUGAUCGGCUUGUGCCGUGGGGUGCGAGUGAGAGCUUCGUAGGUCAGCUCAAGUCGGUGCCAGGUCAGAAGCAAGUUGUCGUGUUACCGGGAGUCGGACAUGAGAUACCAGACGAAAUGGUCAGACGUGCAGUCGAAUUUGUUGUGCCAGAGUUAGAAUAA